UGCAGAGCACUUGGACUGAUUGCCUGGGAGAGUCACCGACUCUGCACGAAGGUAGAGGAACCAUGAGCGCAAUCAGCGAGGUGGUGCAGCGGGCCAGAGCCGCCUUCAACGCGGGCAAGACGCGCCCGCUCCAGUGCCGCGUCCAGCAGCUCGAGGGGCUGCGGCGCCUGAUCCGCGAGCGCGAGAAGGACCUCGUGGGCGCGCUGGCCGCCGACCUCCGCAAGAACGAAUGGACCGCCUACCACGAGGAGAUCGUGUACGUCCUGGAGGAGAUCGACUACGCGAUCAAGAGACUCCCUGAGUGGGCUGCGGACGAGCCCGUGGAGAAGACCCCCCAGACCCAGCAGGAUGAGCCCUACAUCCGCUCAGAGCCUCUGGGUGUGGUCCUCAUCAUUGGCGCCUGGAACUACCCCUUCAGCCUCAUCAUCCAGCCCAUGGUGGGCGCCAUCGCUGCAGGGAACGCGGUGGUCCUCAAGCCGUCGGAGCUGAGCGAGAACACGGCCAGCCUGCUGGCCACCAUCCUCCCCCAGUACCUGGACAAGGAUCUGUACCCGGUGAUCAGUGGGGGUGUCCCCGAAACCACAGAGGUGCUCAAGGAGAGAUUUGACCACAUCCUGUACACCGGGGGCACCGGCGUGGGCAAGAUCGUAAUGAUGGCCGCGGCCAAGCACCUGACGCCCGUCACGCUGGGGCUGGGGGGCAAAAACCCCUGCUACGUGGACAAGGACUGUGACCUGGACGUCGCCUGCAGACGCAUCGCCUGGGGGAAAUUCAUGAACAGCGGCCAGGUCUGCGUGGCCCCCGAUUACAUCCUGUGUGACCCCUCCAUCCAGAACCAGAUCGUGGAGAAGCUCACAAAGUCCCUGAAAGAGUUCUACGGGGAGGACGCCAAGAAGUCCCGCGACUACGGGAGAAUCGUCAACUCCCUGCACUUCCAGAGGGUGCUGGCCCUGAUGGAGGGCCAGAAGGUCGCCUACGGGGGCACCGGGGAUGCGACCACCCGGUACAUAGCCCCCACCAUCCUCGUGGACGUGGACCCCCAGUCCCCGGUGAUGCAGGAGGAGGUCUUCGGGCCCAUAAUGCCCAUCGUGUGUGUGCGCAGCCUGGAGGAAGCCAUCCAGUUCAUCAGCCAGCGCGAGAAGCCCCUGGCCCUCUACGUGUUCUCCCUCAACGACAAGGUGAUUAAGAAGAUGAUCGCGGAGACUUCGAGCGGCGGGGUGACGGCCAACGACGUCAUCGCCCACAGCACCGUGCCCUCGCUGCCCUACGGGGGCGUGGGGGCCAGCGGCAUGGGGUCCUACCACGGCAGGAAGAGCUUCGAGACCUUCUCCCACCGUCGCUCGUGCCUGGUGAGGCCUCUGCUGAAUGAGGAGGCCCUCCGAGCCCGAUACCCCCCGAGCCCGGCCAAGAUGCCCCGUCACUGAAGCGCUGCCCUGGCCUCGCCGCGCCGCGCCCGUGGACCGCUGCUCCUGGCACCCUGUUUGCUCCGAGGGCGUCCUCGCCUCCCUCGCUAGAAUAGAGACCAAUAAAGUUUCCCAGCAG